AUGGAAACAACUUCAACCGAAUAUUCCAACCAGUGGUCGAACACUGAAGUGAACGUUGCCUUAUGUGGGAUUUCGGGUUCAGGAAAAUCUCAGUUCAUCAACACAAUUCUUGGACUGAGAGCUGACGACCCUGGCGCGGCGCCCGUAGAUUCCUUUGGUUCGCAAAGUAUCACAGGGCAAUAUAGACACCCAGAGCAGCCAGGCCUUAUUUUCUGGGAUUUGCCUGGAAUUGGAACUGGUAAAUUUGGCAGAGAUAACUAUUUAGAAACUGUUAACUUUGACACUUAUGAUUUCUACUUGAUAUUUGGACGAGGGAGAUUCUAUGAAGAAGACGCGUGGUUUGUUAAACAGGUCAACCUACGACGAAAACGUUUCUUUUACGUUCGAACGCACAUUGACCAGGACAUAGCAUCCAAGAAAAGAGGGGGUGACAAAACUUCAGUCGAGGAAUCAUGCCUAGAUACCGUUCGAAAUGACUGCGAGACUCAAAUUCAACACGCUGGCAUUAAAGCGGCCCAUACUAAAGUCUACUUGAUCUCUACACGGUUGCAAGACAAAGACAAAUGGGACUUUCCCAAGUUGAACUCGGACAUGCUUCAGCUUCUACCUCGUAUAAAAAAAGAAACAGUUGCAGUGGCCAUAUCUGUGCCGUAUCCUUCCGCCAUCAGAGUCAAAAGCCAAUACCUGCUCGAUAAUGUCUGGCGUGCUGUUUUUCUGUCAGGGAUACUAGCUGCGGUCCCCGUUCCGCUUCUCCCCCUUGUUGUUGAAUAUUUUUUAACUCUACGGCAGAUAAGAACUUAUACGAAUAGCCUAACACAAAUGGAACUUUCGUGGAGACGUUUGGGUCUCACGAGCUCAUGGAAAUUUCAAGUUGCAGGUGUUGGCAGGCUUCUUAGCGAGUUCUUAAAGUUAAACCUCUACUUCAUGGUGAGCCCGUACUGUAUCCAUGUCACCGUGUUUGGGUGUGCCUUGUCGGCAUUUCUGUCUUAUCGUAUGACAGGUUUCAUACUACACAGGGCUUUGAAAAUUAUUGAAGACGAAAUGUUAAAAAUGUUCAAAUAA